AUGCUCGAAGACGAAAGAAACCUUCAGCAGUGGCUUGCCAACCGCGAAGAUAUCCAUGCCGAUCACUCAAUUGGUGUACUGCGCGAGAAGAUAUGCAAGAACGCGUGGAACGUAGAUCGACUCUGCUACGUUCACGUGCACGAAUCUUGUUACUCCUGUGACUCGACGCCUCGUCCAACUCGCGAAACUUGGCAACGGCACGAUGCUGAGUAUCCACUCAGCGAAUUUGAACAGCUCUGUAUCGGACGGUAUGAGCGCAGCUUGAUGGAGUGCAAGACCGCGAUAAAUCGUGGCGCGUCACGCUGGCGACACCACUCGCGUCCUCGAGGUCGUGGUGCCACGUGCUCGCCACGACGUUCUAGCUCGCGUGGUCGUCGACUGAAUCUAAACCAAGCGUCUUCCCGGACUCGCAAGCCCGAACGACGUCUAGAACGUCUCAAAGAAGCGAAGAGCGCGGCUCCCACGUAUCCCGCUCGGGUGGAAACUCGAGCAAACGUGCACGAUACUUGCGCGCGGUUGGAACCGCGCGCUCAUGGAGUCACGACGAUUUCGUUUUGCGACGAGGAUCCUCGUGACCCAAUAAGCGUUCCACGAUCCAGCGCUUCUGACCCCCCGCGUCCACAAGCGGUGGUGGGCCCUCGCGAUGUUACUGCUGGCGUCUUGGUUGCUCAGGACGAUGUAGACACAGCUCUGAACAAGGCUGUCGAUGCCCAGCUGGAAGCUGAAGCUGCCUUUGAUCGAUCUGCGCGGGCUGAGAGAGCAGCGAGCGAGACUCGACAGUCGUACCGCGAGCUGCUUGAACGGAUGCGGAACCUGGAACGCCAGGAUCUUGGGCACGCGCAGGCUGGGACGCAGCCGGAUUCGAUGUCGCUGGCGAGUCGAGCAAGGCGAGAGGGAAGUUCGACCUAUGAGCCUUUGACUCCAAGGACGGACCCAACCCGUGAAGCGUAG